AUGGCAUUCGCCAAGAUACGCAAGGUAGACAAGGAGAACCGUCAGUUCAAAACUGACUGGACUGAGAGGUAUUGUUUUUUUUUUUACCAGACCACAACAGUGCUAAGCCCACAUGCUUAAUAUGCAUGCAGACUGCAGCUGUAAUCAAAGCGGACAAUUUGAAGCGUCAUUUUAACUCUAUUCAUGCUGCCAGUUUUAAUGCAAACUACCCAGAAAAAUCUGACCAGCGCAAACAAAAAAUUGCAAGCAUGUUAACGUCAUACAAGCACUCGGUUUUAACUAUGUGUAAAAUAACAUCGGCACGAGAACGCAACAGCUGCCUCAUUACACGUUUCUUGGAAGCUUGCAAGAGCUAA